UAAAAUGAAAUUCUAAUUGACCUUAUACAUAGCGUAAGGUAACCUAGAUUAGUUAUGGAAGAAAAACUUCGUCCUUGCUUAAUUCGGCACUUGUGGUGUUUGUGAAUUAACAGCUGACCUGGGAUGUCAAAUAUCCGGAGAUAAUUAAUGUUUCCACUUUAUAACAUAUUCCAGGUCUCAAAGCAAUCCCAACCCGAUGAAGAAAUAACCGAGAAUUCUGAGUGGAAAGAAGUGGGUCUUGCAAACAGAACGGCCUUACCUCAGAAAAUUUUGGAUUUUUGUGGCGCGUUUCCAAUCCACGAAAUCGAAAUAGAAGAAAACCCACUGGAAAACGCAACACUCCCGGAAGAGUCUGGUGAGAGGCGGACCAAGCGGUCCGGCGGAUAUGAUUUUUGUUCGAGUAGCGACCAAUGGAGGCGGGACUCCUGUUUGAGAAGAGGUCGUUCCUAUAGCCUGAAUUAUCAAUGGAAAUACCGAAGAUAUUGUUACUAUAUUUACGUUACAACGUGUUAUUCUACAGGCUGGUUUUGGCGCCGUCGCCGUGUAUGUAAAUGUUAUCAAGUUUGUAAAUGCAUUCGCAUUAGAACUAACACUCGCUGUUGUUCUGUGACUUGUCAUUUUGAACAUCCCAUAAAAUAAUAUGAUUCCUCUCUCCUACCCCAAAUCUCACAUUCAAUGUUGUGCAAUACAAGACAAGCAGUGCUCAUAGAAGUGACCUUCACAAUUGUAAAUCUUCAACGUUAACUGGAGCUGAGGGAGAAAAGAAAGUGUUAUUUGCUUAACAACUGCCUUCUAGAGCAUCCGGUUGUUUCGGCUCUUGUAGAAAGGUGGAUGCUCCUACAGGCUAGUUUAAAACUCGACGCUUUACUAGAUUUUUUUACUUUGUUUAGAUAACGAAAAGCAUCUAACAGUUUCUGUAAUAGUACAAAAUGUGCCAAAUCUUUCCGGUGAUGGUUAAGGAUUAGACUUUCCCUUCUGCUUAAGUUGACCUUAGAGUGCAAAUAAGGUUCAUUAAAUAAUCUCACUUGCUGUAGAAAUCAAUUUUGAGGGUCAAUAAAUGUUACAAUUUUGUUUAA